AUUCGAUAAGAGUAGAAAACUCAAUCAAGAUCACGUGAUGUGAAAGAUGGCGGGCAGACCUUCGUCUGCUCCUACUGCUAUUCCACAACUAAAAGACUUUGUAUUCACAGAAAAACUUGGCAGUGGAACAUACGCGACUGUUUAUAAAGCUUACAGAAAGACUGGUGUUAGAGAAGUUGUUGCAGUGAAAUGUGUUUUAAAGAGCAGCUUGAAUAAAACAUCAACCGAGAAUCUGCUUACAGAAAUUGAACUACUUAAAAAACUUAAACAUGAGAGUAUAGUGGAACUUAAAGAUUUCAGGUGGGAUGAUGGGUAUAUAUAUCUUAUUAUGGAAUAUUGCAGUGGUGGAGACCUUAGUCAUUUUAUUAGGAAAAAGAGAGCUUUACCUGAGCAGAUUGUAAGACGAUUUCUACAACAAAUUGCCCAAGCUAUGAAGUUUUUAUGGGAUAACAAUGUGGCACAUAUGGAUCUAAAACCACAAAAUAUACUUCUAACGUCUACAACUAAUCCUAGAUUAAAAUUAGCAGAUUUUGGUUUUGCUAAGAAUCUAUAUGAUGGUGAUACAUUGUAUACAAUGAGAGGAUCACCAUUAUAUAUGGCACCAGAAAUAAUCUGUCAUGGUACAUAUGAUGCUAGAGUAGAUCUCUGGUCUAUAGGAGUCAUCUUAUAUGAAUGUUUAUUUGGAAGAGCACCAUUUGCAUCAAAAAGUUUUAAGGAAUUAGGAGCAAAGAUUUGGGAUCAUAAGUCUGUUGAGUUACCCUAUGGUGUAGAUAUAUCUGACAAAGCUAGAGAUCUCGUACUUAGAUUAUUAAAGAGAAACCCUGAUGACAGAAUAUCAUUUGAGGAAUUCUUUGCACAUCCAUUUGUAGAUCUGUGCCAUACACCAAAUUCCAAGGCCCUUGAGAAAGCUACUGCAUUAGUAACUAAAGCCUGUGAACAUGAUAAAGCCGGUGAAUAUGAAGCUGCUGUUAGAUUAUAUUUUGAAGGUUUAGAAUAUUUUAUACCAGCUAUUCAUUAUGAAGAAGAUUCAAAUAGGAAAAAUAUUUUACGUAGAAAGGUUAAAGAAUAUAUGAAGAGAGCAGAAGUAUUAAAACAGUUAUUAAAACCAGGUCAUUCACCAGAACAUACAUUACAAGGUAUAAAACAAGAAUUAACAGAUUCCACCAAUCAACAAUCACAACAGUCAAUGGAUUCUGAUAAAUUAUCUACAUUAAUGGAACUAUGUAGUGAUCACAGUGAAUUUUUAGCCGCUUUACGACUUAUAAAAGCUGCAUAUCAUGAGAUAGAAAAAGAAGAGUUUGAACAAGCUUUAAAACAUUAUGAAAUGUCACUUGGUGCAUUACUCAAAUUAUUACCAGGUGAAGCUGCUGGUCCUAGAAAAGAUAUGUUAAAUAUUGAGAUACAGAAGUGGAUGUCAGAAGCUGAAUCAAUCAAGUCCUAUUUAUCUGUUCAAAGAUUAAAAACGAACAAUUCGUCACAAGAAGAGGAUGAAACUCAUCAAAGUUAUAUGAAUCAGUGUAAUGUACAGUGAAUAUAAAACAGUAAUUAUGCAGCUGUAUAGAUGAUGGCUGUAUCAGGUAAAUCUUGCCAUGUGACUGUUUAAUUAUAAGUAUUGGAAUCAGAAUAAUGUUUUAUAAAGAGUACAUAACCAGAGGAUGAAUGAAACUAGAUAUAUUGAUCUUAUAAUUGUUGACUCACUCAAUAAUUCACAGUGAUAAGAAGAAGCUUAAUGCAUAAUGAUGGAUUAAAUGAUUCACAUAUGAAUUGUUUAAUAAUAAUUUGUUGAUAUGUUAAGCCAUUUGCCCUUUUUCUUUAAGUUGACAUAUAUCAUAUUAUGUAUUAAACACGCGGUUGACAAGUACAUGGAAAUCCGCAAAAGGUGUGUCUAAAAGUGGGAAAAUAGGGUACAAAUACCUACCUUAACUCUUCUCUAGUCUUAGAGUCCUAGAUCAUGUUGAACUGAUCAUAACAACUAUUUAUUGACAAAAAAAAUAAGUUUGAAAUAGUUAAACAUCAUAUAUACUAUCAUCUAUAUAUUCAGUUUAUUGGGUUGUAUUAGUGGCUUAACGCCUCAUGUAAGACUUUCGGGUGCACCAUAUAAAAAAAACUCCACUACAUUAUGUUUAUUAAAACCAUA